UGACCUAUAUUAAUAUUUUCUUUUUUUACAUAGCAUCGGUACGCUACUGCAUCAUACAUGUAUACAAUAACAAUUAUUAAACUCAAAAUUUAAAUUUAAUGUACUUAAUAUUAUGAUAUCAAUCAUAUUAUCAGUUAUCACUUAUCAAAAUUAUAACAAAAUUCAUUUCCAUGCGGAACGGUAUGUAAAUACGAAAACUUUAAUGAUAAACAGAGAGCAAACAAUCACAUUUUACAAAAGAUAAAACACGUACGGGGUCUUAGCAACAAUCUCCGUGUACAGGCAAGCGUAAACAUUCAUAGAGUUAAUCGUCCAACAAGGAUUUCAAGUUCAUCUCAUUUCUGUGCACGGACGCGUCAUUAAACACAAUACCUACAUAUUAUUAUAAGUUUUUGUGAUAAUAUUAACGACGUACCUACAUUCAAAUUUAUUGACUUUCGAAAUAAUUAUUCCAUUCUUACCGUUUAAUGCUUACGAUUGUUGGCUAUUGCCUAUACCUAGUAUAACGUGUUAUUUGUUAUAGUUUCUCUGCAAGUACCCAAAAUGUCUAAUAUCAAUGAAAAAUUCACAACGAAGCUAAGAGGUAACGAGACAUUGAAAAAUCGUUGCCAAAUUCGGCCAAGUUAUGAUUCUGGCUUGCAGGCAUCUGGCUAUUCUCAAAAUGCAGUUCCGAACAUUAAAUCUGAACCAAAACGUCAAAAAUAUGGUGGUAGAGGAAUGGCCAUUCAAGAACUAGCUGAGUCUAUGUCUUCAAAUACCACGAGAAUAACAAAUUUGGACUUUUCAAACGCUUGCAUAGAAAACCAUUUCAAAAGUCUUAGAGAAGAAAAUGAAAAAAAACUUAAGGAAACAAAUGAAAAGAUUUGGGGAAAAUUCAUACAUUCUGAUAGAAGUUCAUAACAUUUAGAAGGUAUUUGUUUUGGAUUUGAAAACAAUAGUUAAACAUUUGCAGUGAUUUACUACUGGACAAUAAAAACUUCAUCAAUAUUCAAUUUUUUUUUAUAACAAUUGAUUUAUUAUGAUUGAUGAUUUAUUACUAUUUGCAAGCAUUAAGUUAAUUCAAAUUAUAUUUCCUAUUUCAUUUUAUGUUUCAUUUUUAUUAUGCUAUAUAUUAUGUUGUGGUAUAAUUUAAUUUGUAAAGAUAACAUUUAAAUAAAAAUUACUCAUUUAUUCAAUAAACGGUCAAAUUGUUUAAAUUUGUUUAUAAUCUUUAACAUUACAUUAAACUAACAUCUGCAUUAAAAUACAUAUUUCUAUAUUUCAAACUCAAUAACUAUUAAUAUGAAAUGAGGACUGCC